GAACCACCAGCAAGUGGUGCAGCUGUAGAAGGUCUUUCAGACUACAAAUCAAGAGCUGCAGUGAGUUUUUAGAGUUCAUGCUUACGCGGCGGCUCUGCAGCUGCACAAGGAACAAAGAACGGGGUCGUGAAGCCAGAAGAGCAUUAAAAAUACAGUAUAUGUAUCAGAAGACAGUAUCAAAACCAUGUCGAAACAGCACUGGACCGAGAAGAACAUAUCCGCAUGGAGCGAGGAGUGGGUUUUGGCUCGCUUCGUAUGCAAUACAAAUUUCACGAUUUCCCGUUUUUAUAGCCGCAUAAGAUUAAGAAGUACGAAGCGCAUGACAAAUUUUGCUAACUUUGAGCUGCAUGCCACUUGUGAUAUCAAAUCAGAUUGACCGAAAGAAGAUUUGUCAUGCAGAAAUCGCAUCUGAUGUGCAGGUGAACGUAUGGGAAUCUACUUCAAUAUGCUGUGCAUAUUACAGUCGCGACUUCUACAAGCAGCUUCCCCCGGACCGACGGCACGAACUGAAGGUGAACGACAAGAGCAGUGUCUCAACGGCAACCUCCUUGGAGGACGAGAACGACGACACGAGUAGAUACAGGAACAACAUACGUCCACCCGGUACUAUAAUCGACGAAACUUGGCCGACGCGUGCCUGUUUGUGGAUGAAGCUCACGGAAGAGGAGAGGGAGCAAAUGCAACUGAGCGGAUGCGGUGGUGGAGCAGCACCCUCCACACAGGAUAAAAGUGAUAGUAGAAAUUAUUGCCAAGAAAAUCAAGAACUCGAAACGGCAUGUUGGCUGGACUUUCUGGAAGCGGACGUACGGGGGGAGGUGAUGCUGCAUACGCCGCCGGAACUACAACAGAAGUCACUGAAGCAAGAUCAAAGCACAACCUCUUCUACAUCAUCAUCAACUUGUUCAACACGACAGAAGUCCCGCCUUGCGUUUGAGUGGAUGAUGUCGAUAGGGUACAAGAUCUCGUGUCCCUGUUACGGUGGCUUUAUCGACGUUGCGGGCAGUUUCAGCGUUGUGGAUUUUUGCUCGGAGUAUUACUACGAUGGGGAUUAUCCACGGAAAAAAAUCCAUCCACAUCCAUUUUUUGCAUGGCAAACACGUGAUUUGAUACGUGUUUGGCAUGACAAAUUGGACGUGGAUGGGUUUUUUCUGUGGAUGGGGAUUACGAGAUGAAAAGAAUGGAGGAGUUAGUCGCAGAGGAGAAAAUGAAGCUUCUGAUGAACGAGAGCAAAUCUAAAUCAAAGUCUUCUCCCGACGAGCAGAAAGAAGAUGAAGAGCGCAAGAGGAGUAUCGUAGUGGACAGGAACGUAUGAACUGCAAAAGUAUCGUAGUCGUGCAAUACAAAUUUCCUCAGCAUGAGAAAUAAAAUUUGUAAUGCGGAUUUAGCUUAACCUUAAGAACAAGAUUCGUAGUGCAUGAUUGCAAUACGAGCACGAUACUUUUGCACAGGAUAGAACGUGCUUGCGGAGAAAAACUUGAAGAAGUCGAACGGCCCACAGGUCACCUGCUUCGUGGAUGAGGGAUCGAUUCAGGAGUGGAAGGGGUACUUUCCCCCCGGCAUGUUCGUGAAAAUGCACAAGCGGCUGGUGGGGUUGCUGCAAACGCAGGGCGUUUACAUGGUCCGCGAGAUGCUCGUACACGACUGGAUCGAGGCCGUGCGGGACCGAUAUGAGGUGGAUAUUUAGAACUCAUAGACACCACGGACAGGACGUGUCAUUCCAGUUGUUCCACCAUCAGAAAGGGAAGCGGACGAACGGCAGAACACAUAGACGUACACAACAAGUCGGUGUGUAGUCCUCGUUGUCAUGAUCUACCUCACUGAGCAUCUUGCAACAACUCGGGCUCAGAUGAUCCAGAACCAGACAAGAGGUUCACGAGGACGAUGUUAUUUCCUUGUGCCGCUCUGCCUCUGACUCGGCGUCUCACAAGAACGGAGACCACGACCAGUCGUACUAAAUAGAUCUGGCUUACUAGGACGAAUAAAGUUCUUACUAAGUGGAAGUUUCUAGGAAUGAGGAAAAUUCGAAAAAAUUCAGUCCCCAGGUGAAAGUAGGCAGGUGGAGAUAUCAGGUCGCGGCCCUGUGCCGGCCCAUUUGCGAAUACCGCUGCGCGAGACGAGCUCGCAGAGCCCCGUGGACAACUGUGGUCGCCGAGCCUGGAGAGCCAUCCGUGGCUCACAUAUAAUGGGCUUUAUCGCGGCUGCACCUAAAAGACAGCGCCUUGCUCUCCGAAUGGUGGCGCCUCCACACACCCGCAUCAUUCUCAAAGCCAUUGAGCCAAAACCUCAAGCGCCAUGGGCCUUCCUACUCAUGGACGCCAUGCGCUACAAAUAAAACGGCUAAACCGGGGCAGGUAUACCCCCUUACCGAACCGCGCUAAAUAUCCCACGCCGUCGACAGCUUCCCACCGUGAACCAACCUGCCGCGGCUUUGGUCCUACCGCUCCCAACUUGAGGGCAUUUCGCACCGGACUCGAAAUUUUCCUCGGAAAUUGAAUCGCGGUGCUAUGGUGAUGGUUUUGGCCUCGCUUUGGGCGUGUUUUGUUGCCGCGCUCGCUACCCAAAAAAGGGAGCCCGGGAAGGCCGGCAAAGCAGGCCAAUUCCCAGAUUCGCCUCGAAACAAGGCAAAAAGCGGUGCCAUACCGUCGCGAUUCAAUUUCCGAGGAAAACUCAGGGCCCCCCGGCCCCUCCCCCUUGCCUUCCCCCCCCCUCUUCGCCAUUUUCCUCGGAAAUUGAAUCACGACGGCACGGGGGCGAUUUUUGCCCCCUUCAGUGGGGGCCCUCUCGAGGCCCCCUCCGGCCCCCCCGCGACCCCCCCCUUCGCCAUUUUCCUCGGAAAUUGAAUCACGAGCGGAAAGCGCAGAUCUCUAUUUGAAGCAUACAAGAAACACCAAGAAAAGCAGAGCGGGGCUGAGCCCUCGGGCGCGACCUUUGUUGGGGCACCCCGCCAAAACCCGGCCGAGGCACUUGAGGGCGCCGCGGUAGUCCUCCGCCAUUCUUUUCAAAUGUUUCUGCAACUCCUCGAGCCGGCCAGGCCACGCGCCCGACCCCAUUGGCCCCUUCCAGGGCUGCCGCCUUGGGUUGGAAGCCCCACUAGGCGAUUGCCGGCGAGCUGCUGUUCGGUAGAGUAGGCCCAGAGACCUCAAAGACCUGCCACCUUAGCGCGGUGCUCUCACUGCGAUGCACAUGUAGAGAUCGCGGCCGUUAUUCAGAUGAAGCGCGGCUUUGUAGGUGUGUGCUGAGCCUCCGGCGAUGGCUAGUUGGCGAUCGAGGUGAGUGGCACCCGAAAAGCCGCCUGCCUGCUUUGGUGAUUUCACUGCGCGGCAAUGCGUCCGAACUCUGACACAGUCGCUUCCCGCUUCCAUUUUCGAAUACAGCAAACAAAUGCUGGCGCGCCACGCCAGCCAAACACAGCUACGAAGAGCUGCUGCUUUCGGAAGAGAAUUCGAAGGGGGGGCAAUUUUUUCAAAAUUUCCUCAUUCCUAGAAAGUUCCACUUAGUAGUUCUGAGAUGCUAAACACAAGUCUACUUCACGGGGCAUCAUGACGUCGAAAGACACGAUUUAUAAUGCUGAACAAUCAAGAACAUCAAGAUCGUGAUCGUGGUCACCUCUAUCUUCAUCUUCUUCAUCCGAUCGCGAGUACUAUCCCC